AUGUCAUACGACAUAUGGAAAGCGAAAUGUGCUGCCGAAAAGAAACGUCUUGAAGCUGAAGGUAAAGCAAAUGGUGGCGAUGGAACGACAAAAGCCGAGGUUGAAGAGCAACAAUUAAGCAGUUCACCACCAGCACGUAAACGUGCACAUACAUUUGUUGCAAGGGAUGAACCGAGAGAAAUCCCAAAAGUUUCACCGCCCAAUUCGAAAGAGAAGAAAGGUCGUUACAUUCUUUUGCCGACCAUUCCUGCAAUGAAAGUGUUUGUUGGCGAGGACGCCCCUGCCAUCGUUCCUCCCGAGCCGUCCAACAUUCUAGCUCCGGACACUUCCGUGCCCACCACCACGACGGCGCCGCUAAGUCUUCCAACAUUCAGUGCCGCACCAACACUUCCCAUGCCGGCACCGUUACCACGUCCUAGCCCGAUAGCCGUCACUGCACCAAACUUCUUCCCAUCAUUGUCAGGUGUUACACCGCCUGUGGCACCAGCUACUACAACUACGGCAUUUGGUGCCGGAUUCACUGCCGAUCAACUGCUCGCCACUCUACUACCUUCAAGUGUACUACUUCAGAAUGCUGGCUUAUUACAACAAAAUGCUUUGGCUAGUCUACUUGGUCUUGCAACGACACCAGUUGUCCCACCUCCUGCCACUUCAUGUGCCAACGACGUACUGGCCCUUCUACGGGCACAACAAUCUGCCCAGUUAGCUGCUGCAUUGGCGGCUGUUCCCGGCAAGAAUACCCUUCUUCCGUCCAGUACCUCGCCGGAUGACCUCAUUCAGACGUUACUCGCACAAACUAGACAACCUAUUUUUUCCCACAGUCUUUGA